AAAACAGGGCCAGCGAAAAAGCUAUCACAACCAAAUCGUGUCUUCAUUUCACUACUUCUCGAACCCGCGCGCGACUUCUCUCCCGAGAAAAAAGGACAACAAGCUUCUCCCAAGCGGCCAUGGCGUUGGCUCACUGCUCAUCCCGUUUGCUUCUCUCCUCCACCCCUCCUCGGCCUCUACGUCAUCGCCAUCUCCCCAUUUCUCCUCUGGGUUUCAACAACAUCUCUUUCUCUUUGCGUUCUUUGAGGAACCGUGAUUCCGUGCUCUCAUCCGCAUUUCGUCGAACACUUCAUAGAGCUACUGCAGAAGUUCAUGAAUCUGGUGGCAAUGCUGCUGUAGAUGUUUUAACCAAUGUGAAACACUUGCUUCUUCCAAUCACAGACCGGAAUCCUUAUCUAUCUGAAGGGACAAGACAGGCUGCAGCAAACACUACUUCUUUGGCAAAAAAGUAUGGUGCAGACAUCACAGUAGUUGUAAUCGAUGAUAACUCGAAAGAAUCAAACCCUGAGCAUGACACACUACUGUCCAAUAUCCGAUGGCAUCUCUCAGAAGGUGGCUUUCAGGAGUUUGGGUUGAUGGAGAGACUUGGCGAGGGAAAGAAGCCAACUGCGAUUAUAGGUGAGGUCGCUGAUGACUUAAACUUGGAUUUAGUCGUUUUGAGCAUGGAAGCAAUCCAUUCAAAGCAUGUUGAUGCGAAUCUGUUGGCAGAGUUCGUUCCAUGCCCUGUGUUACUUCUCCCUCUUUAGUGAAUCAUACAUCAUGUUGUACAUUCAUGUCUUUUCUUUUGAACUGAAGUGGCACUGAAGUUCUUCAUUCUCUUGGAACAUUCCCUUGUUCUGAAAAUUUCAUCUAUGAUCUUUCAAUUGCAGAACCCUUGCAGAUAAGUGAUCUAUUGAUUGGUUAA